AUGGAAUCGCAGAUCAAAAUGCUGAGAGCUCUUCUGGAAGAAAGGUUUUUCAAUUCUUGUUUAGUUCACCAAGAAGAUAAAAAGAAUGAAGAGAAUAGCUUCUGUAUGGAUUGCUGUUUCAGUUUGUGCGUCCAUUGCAUGCCCCAUCACCUGUCUCACAGGAUUUUACAGAUAAGGAGGUAUAUGUACAACGAUGUUUUACGGUUGAAAGAUGCACAGAAGAUAUAUGAUUGCUCUCUUAUUCAAUCAUACACGACAAACAGUGAGAAAGUUCUAUUAUUGCGCCCGAGGCAACGUGUGUCACCUCCUGUAAGAGGUUCUAGAUGUACGUGUUUCGUCUGCAAUCAGAACAUCAAGCCAUCCUUUGUUUAUUGCUCAAUGGUUUGCAAGAUUACUAAUGAGACUGCAUCGAUCAGUGGUCAGAGAGUAUACACCUACAGUUCAAGAGGUGUUGGGAGGAGCUUCCUUAUGUCUGGUUCUGUUUCAGAAUGUCUUGUUUCAUCCGUUGAAACUUCAGUUGAAGAAAACUCAACCAAUUAUGAUAGCAUGGCCGUUAAGCAAAAUAUAUUAGCAACUACUUCAUCAAGCAAUGGCUUCACCAGAAAAUUGCAUGGCCGAAAAUGUGUUCCUCAGCGCUCUCCGCUUUUUUAA